AUGAUUAAAAAUUUUAGGAAAUUACAAUUCUAGGUCUUGAAUUAUAAUAAAAUUGUUACGAUUUCAAAACCAAAAACCAUGAUAGACAAAAUUAAAGUUGGGGGAUAACUAUUUUUUGGAACUUUAAACCAUGUAAGCAUAAAAUAUAUAUAUUAGGGUAUCAAAUCUUGUUAUUAUGACUAUAAAUUAACAAAAUCAUUUGGAGAUUAGUUUACUGCUUAUUAAUUAUACUUAAAAUUCCAUAUUGAUAGAGAAUUGUUCAAAGUUUUUCCAUUCUUAUUCAUAUUUCUAUUACCAGGUUCAGUUGCUUAUUUACCAAUAUAUGCAUAUAUAUUUCCAAAUGCAAUACCAACAAAUUUUUUAUUUGAAGAUUAAUAUUAGUAGCGAUUUAGCAAAAAAUUAACAGAAUAAAAAAUGGCUUAAAGACUAUUAUUUUAGCAAUAAAAUAUCAUUAAAAAUUUUUCUAAUGCAAAUUAAUUAAAAGAAACCUUUAUUCUGAAAAAGAAUUUAUUUGAACAAUAAUUCAAUCUUAAAAAUUUAAAUUCAGAUUAAUUAUCUUUAAUAUGUCAGCAUUUCUAGAUAGAAUAUAUUUCAUUGCUAAAUGUACCUAAUAAAAUUUAUCACUUUAUUUUUAACAUUCAUAAUUAUAUUUAUAAUUUUUACUAUUAUUUAAUAAAUUCUAAGAAAAGAAAUCUAUACUAAGACCCUUAUAAAAUAAUAAAUAUUGGAAGACCUUUUUUUGUUGAAUUUAUUAGAUAAAAAGUACUGAUAUAUUAAUUAGAUAUGUAUUUUGAAUAUGUAAAAUAUUUGUUUUUAUUCAAAGAUAAAUGCUUAAGAUUUAAUCUUUGAUUAUUAGGAUAGAAAUUAUUAUAAAUAUGCUAUAGAAAGAGGUUUGACAAAUGGAGGAUUAAAAUUAGAGAAUUAUAAUGGAGAUUGGAUUAGAUUUACUUAGUAAAGUUAAUUAACAAAUACAUAGAAAAUAUGGUAUUCAAUAUUGUACUCUUAACUAUAAUGA